CUCUCAUGCGGGAGCAGCACAUACGUGGUUGGACGCCACCCCUGACUCUUCCGCUCGAGCAUCGUAUUUUCACUGGACCAACGGAAACUGGAACCGUCACUCGCAACCGCCAUCAGCCCAUCCGUCCGAUCGAUCUGGUCAGACGCUAAAAUCCUCGACAGUGACCAAGAGUUUGUUCUCGAGGGCAACGAAGGGAAAGGCUCGCAACGGUAACGGCUCCUUUGCCUUUUGAAUACGACGUCUUGGGCAGAUCAGACAGCGUAGCUGCCUGUUCCUGAGGCUGUCGACUCAACCAGAAGGGGGGAGGGAAGAGUUGGGUACAGCGCAGCAAUUCCGGUAUGGCGCUAACACUGGAUAGUAUGAUGGUGCAAAGACCUUUUUCGAUGGCGACUGGAGACGGCGAUCCGGAACCGCAGAUCAAUCACCGCCUUUCUCCUCCCUUGUCCUUGUUGACCCCCUUGGAAGCUUGCAACAAUUCGAGCUCUCCCAGCCACCCCUUUGGGCUUCGAUCACCACCUCCCCCCUCUCAAACCUUUCCUCUCGCCAAAUGAGGUGUGACGCCCCUCGGACAAACCCCGAACUAGAGUGUCAAAAAAGAGCUAGACGCCCAAGUGGAGGGCGAGUCAGAGGAGGGUACCAGGCAGGAUUUUGUGGUAGUGCAGCUUUCCCAGCUGCCAAAGCGCUAUGCUCUUCAUUUGUGUGCAUACAUGGUGCUAUGACGGAAGACUAGACUGUCAAUGGCCGAUCGGCACCUGCCCAAGGUGCUGAUGCAAUGCUCGCCCGGGCAGAGAUACAUUCUCUUCAACAAGUCCCGAGAUCGAAUCUACGAAUUGUAUUGGCGCCAACCCCGCAAACAUUCCUCUUCCGAGAAGGCCGCGUCGAGAGAUGCCAACAUCCCCAAUAAUAGUGUUGGUGUGUUGGUGCCCCCUUCAAGGUCCGGGAGGCAUCCAUUUUGGGCACUGCAUGUCCCCAAGCCUCUCUGCCUAAGUCCAAAAUUUCCGUCCCUUUCAUGGCCCAUGAUUCCGGAGGAAGCCCUGGAAUAGAAAGGGUCGAUCGGAGGUGGAUCAUCUUCAAGCGCUUCUUCAGAGUCCAGCAAGGAAAGCCAACAUACCCAUCACAUCACCAAGGACCUUUCCUACCCCAGUAUUUCCCCGCAGCUAGGGUACCAGUUCUAUGUGUUAGUCACCGUCCUAGUGUCGAGCUUGAGGUGCCUCCCCGUCUGAUCAUUGGCGGAGACUCAAACCACCCUGAGGUGUACACUGGAGCUUGGACUUGAUCCAGGUCAAGGACACCCUUUCUGCCUCUGCGAGUGGUGGGUUCAUGGCCUGGACCCAUGCUUGUCCGCUCUGUCAAGCCUUUGGCUCAAUUUCGCGGCUUGCCUCGAGAGGUGCUUUUGUGCAUUCGUCUCCACCAAGCACUGAAAGGACGGCGUUCGGUUGAGCGGGUUAGGGGCUAUCCCCUCCACCGAGAGGAGAAUCAUCGAUCGACCAUGGGGUCUGUGACGCGACCACCAUGAUGUCCUAUAUUAUUUGAGUCCCUCCCUACUCUUUUCCAAGGAGAAGGUCCUUCGUGUGCUUGUGUUCCUUGCCACUGCCUCUGCAAGUUUUCAACAUUGAUUCUAGGCCGAGUCCAGUCACCCUUGACCUUGUCCCAUCCCACAGCAACUAUAUCUUAGUUGUACCGUUACAGAACCUCUCCCUUCAGCAUAGAACACUGUCAACAUGGCCGCCAACGUGCCCGAUGUCGAGAAGGAUCAUGCCGGUAGUGACUCUGUCAACGGCAAAUAUGACCUUCACCACGACCAUCACAACGAGGAGACUGCUCUAAGGAGGAUCCGGACGGCCGGAAGCAUUUCCAUCACUCCAGAGCUCUUUGAGAAGAUCUACCUUUCUCCGAAGAAUCGGGUUUCUAACAACAUCCGAUCGACUUUUGGUAACCCAACUCCUCUUGCUCUUGUCGGAUUUCUACUGUCUCUGACUCCUCUUUCGAAUAUCCUCCUGGGAUGGCGAGGAGCUGGUGGACUUGGCGCGGCUGAAGUGGGGGUCUACUACUUCUUCGGUGGUCUGCUCAUGGUGUUGGGCGCUUUCCUGGAGUUCAUCCUGGGCAAUACCUUCCCUUUCGUCGUCUUCGGCUCCUUCGGCGCUUUCUGGCUCUCAUUCGGAGCGACUCUGACACCAUAUUUCAACGCGUCCAUCGCCUACGACCCAGCACACCCGGCUCAGUCGUCUUCGGACCCAGUGUUCGCUUCUACAUUUGCCUUCUUCCACGUCUACAUGGGGGUUUUGUGCUUUGUCUACCUGAUCAUCGCACUCCGUACCAACCUUGUCUUUGUGCUCAUCUUUGCUCUCCUCGUUGCCGCAUUCGCAUGCCUGGCAGAAUUCUUUUUCCAGAUCGGUGAGGGCACCGUCAACACCACUAUGCAACACUCGGCUGGAGGCCUCACGUUCGCGGUGUGUCUGCUGGGAUGGUACCUCUUCUUCGUGCAACUUCUGGCCGCUGUCGACUUCCCUCUCAACCUCCCUGUGGGCGAUCUCAGCCGAUACAUCAAGGGAGCCAGCGAGAGGGCUGAGAAGAGCGAAUAAGCGGGUUGGAGCGUCGGCUGGCUGGUGCUUAAUCGGGACGUGUAAGACGAGGCAUGAGAGGCGGGAGGCGUGGGUUGACAAGGUAUGAAUCGGAAAAUUUUUCGUAACGGGGUGGGAGGACUGCAUGGGAUCCAGUCUCUCGCAGCUGCAGGCAUGUUGGGUAGUAAAGCAAUGAGAAAAUGACGGAAAGGUCUAGGUCCGACUCAUUACGAUACGACAGCUGUUUUGAGUAAAAAUUAUACCAUUUUAAUCUGUGAACGUAACACAAAGGGA